AUGGAAAAGAACAAUCAGGGCGAGAUCGUCGAGCCCGUGUACACCGCCACCAACACCGAGCUUGGAUCGGUAAACCAGCUGGCCGAGGAGGUGGUUGAGACUGAACGAGUGCCUUCUUACGACUCGGAUAUCGACACUAAACAUGAGGUUUCCACCACCAUCAACGCCCUGGGCCCCGAGCCCACCGAGGAGGAGAUGCUGACUCUCCGACGAGUGUCCGACUCGCUCCCCAAGGCUGCCUGGAUGGUGGCUGUGGUCGAGCUGGGUGAGCGAUUCACCUACUACGGUAUCACCGGUCCUUUCCAGAACUACAUGCAGCGAAAGCGAGGCUUUGGCGCGCACGCCGGUGCUCUUGAUCUCGGUCAGUCCACCGCCUCUGCUCUGUCCUACUUUUUCCAGUUCUGGUGUUACGUGACUCCCAUUCUCGGAGCCAUCAUCGCCGACACCUGGUGGGGAAAGUACAAGACCCUGUUUGUCUUCUCCCUCAUCUACGUCACUGGUAACCUGAUUCUGUUUGUCACUUCUCUGCCCUCGUCUCUGGACGCCGGAGCCGGUCUCGGAGGUCUGGUCACCGCCAUGAUUGUCAUUGGUCUCGGAACUGGAGGUAUCAAAUCUAACGUGUCUCCUCUCAUUUCCGAGCAGUACACCAACACCAAGUUCUACAUUCGAACUCUCAAGUCUGGCGAGCGAGUUGUCGUCGACCCCAACCAGACCAUUCAGUCCAUUUUCAUGGUCUUCUACAUGUGCAUUAACGUCGGCUCUCUGUCCGCCAUUGCAACCACAAACCUGGAGCGAUACGUCGACUUCUGGGCUGCCUACCUGCUGCCCUUUGCCUUCUUCUUCAUUGCAAUUGCUGCUCUGGUCCUCGGCAACAAGUACUACGUCAAGCGACCUCCUAUGGGCUCUGUUAUUCCCCAGGCCUUCCGAGUCGUCUUUGCUGCUGCCAAGAAGAAGUCCUUCGAUGCUGCCAAACCCUCUUACCGACAGGAGAACGGCGAGAGCGAGGUUCCCUGGACCGAUCUCUUUGUUGACGAGGUCCGACGAGCUUUCAUUGCCUGCAAGGUCUUCGUCAUCUACCCCAUCUACUGGGUUGUGUACGGCCAGAUGCUUAACAACUUCGUGUCCCAAGCCGGCCAGAUGCAGACCCACGGUAUCCCCAACGAUAUCAUGCAGAACAUUGACCCCAUUGCCAUCAUUAUCUUCAUUCCCAUCAUGGAGAAGCUCGUCUACCCCGGUCUUCGACGAGUUGGUAUCAAGAUGCGACCCAUUACCCGAAUCACUCUCGGUUUCUUCUUCGCUUCUUGUGCCAUGGCCUACGCUGCCAUUGUCCAGAAGAUCAUCUACUCUGCCGGUCCUUGUUACGACGCUCCCGGUGCCUGUCCCGCAGCUCUUCUGCCCGACGGAGAGAACUACGCUCCCAAUAAUGUCCACGUUGCCGUCCAGACUCCCGCCUACGCCUUCAUUGCUCUGUCGGAGAUUUUCGCCUCUAUCACCGGUCUGGAGUACGCCUACACCAAGGCUCCUACUUCCAUGAAGUCCUUCAUCAUGUCCAUCUUCCUCUUCACCAACGCCAUUGGUGCUGCCAUCGGUAUUGCUCUGUCCCCUACCGCCAAGGACCCCAAGCUCAUCUGGACCUACACCGGUCUUGCCGGAGCCACCUUUGUUGCUGGAUGGAUUGUCUGGUUCGGAUACCGACAUCUUAACAAGGUGGAAGACGAGCUCAACGUCAUUGACGCCGAGUACACCGCUGAGCUCAACGCCACUCUGAUGCAUGAUAAGGAGAAGGCUGAUCUGGAGCGAGCCCACAAGACCGCCAUUGUCGACGAGGGUGUGGAGAAGGUUUUCUAA